AUGACCGUCGCUCAAGGGCCGGGCGGAACACCACCGCGUCCACAACGAGAGCGCCCUGACAUUGAUGAAGACACUCCUCUGCUCAAGACAAAAUCUUCGCACCGACUUCUGUACUCAGAUGCCGGGAGUUAUUCGGCGUUAGACGAGAGCGCCGAUGCGGUCUCGACAUCGACUUCUUUCCCAGCAGAAGAUGAGGAAGCUCUUCUCAACCUCACCAGAGUCAGUUCGUUACCUCAAGGUCUUGAUAUCGAACCGAGCCUCGAGCAUAUUCCUCCUGUCCCUAUUGUGGAUAAAGGGGCUUCCGCGGACCCAGAAAACUGCUCAGUGCGUCAGAAAGAUGAUUAUGCCUCCCGAUUUAUUGGCGUAUCACCCAUGCGCUUCUGGCUCAUUUUCUCCGGGAUUCUAUUGGGUUAUGUGAUCGGAUUCUUUGACUCGACCUUAAUGGCAUCUAGCCACCCCGUCAUCACGUCGCACUUUCAUGCCUCGAACUCUGCAUCAUGGCUCUCGACUGCUUUUCUUUUGACAUCGACUGCCUUCCUUCCACUUUUUGGGCGCAUCUCGGACACGUUCGGCCGAAAACCCGUCUAUCUUUUUGCCAUUGCUAUUUUCUUCGUGACCACAGCAUGGUGUGCAGCCGCGCAAAGUAUCGGAAGUUUCAUCGCUGCCCGUGCUGUCUGUGGGCUCGGAGCUGGUGGUGUUUUCUCUAUGGGGAUGAUCUUGUCUAGCGACCUUGUCCGUAUCGAGUACCGAGGGUUGUAUCAGUCCUAUAUCAAUCUCGUUCUCGGAGUUGGGGGCUGCCUUGGGCUUGCUUUUGGCGGCUUCCUGUGUGAUCAUGUGGGAUGGAGAGGUGCGUUCCUCGUGCAGCUGCCGUUCAUCUUCGUUUACUUCAUCGUCGCAGCUUGGACAACGCCAGCAGACCUAGGACUGAAGAGAGCAAAAGCGGAUCGGAUGAGCGUGUCUCAAUUGAUCAGAAGCAUCGACUUGACAGGGUCCUUCAUACUUGUGGUUACAGUGACGGCUUUGAUCAUGGGUCUCAACCUAGGUGGUAAUGUGUUCGCAUGGACUCACCCCCUCGUUAUCUCAUCGCUAGCCUUAUCAAUUGUUCUAGCCGUGGUCUUUGUGCGAUAUGAACGGAACGUUGAACGGGCUGUGAUGCCAAUAUCACUCCUGUCAAAGCAACCUCGUGCAAGCAUCAUUUUUGGAAAUUUCUUUGGGUCAAUCUCGAUCAACACCAUGAUUUUCAAUGCUCCGCUGUAUUUCCAGGCGGUCAAAUUGGCAAGUCCUACCGAUUCUGGUCUCAGAUUGGUCGCUGCUACUCUCGCUGUCACAGUUUCUAGCGUGUCGACCGGCUUCUUGAUCACUUGGACCAAGCGUCUCAAGCCCACAAUGCUCGUUGGCGGCCUCUUCCUCUUGAUCGGAGGCUGUGCUGCGGCUUUGAUUGGUAAAGACACUCCUGAUUUAGUCGCGAUGAUCUGUGUCUCUCUGUCCAGUCUCGGCCAGGGUUUCUCCUUUCCCACACUCAUGGUAUCCGUACUGGCUACAAGCGCACAAGAAGAGCAGGCUGUAGCUACGACAACUCUGGGCCUCUUUAGAAACCUGGGGUCAGUCAUGGGUGUGGCGACGAGCAGCUGGGUAUUCCAGAAUACACUUGUGUAUCAGCUCGACGAACUGGUGACCUCUCCCGACAAAGACGGCGUCAUUCUUCUCGUCCGCAAAUCGGUUCAAGCUAUUGCUAACCUGGAUCCAAUGCAUCAGCAGCAAGUGAUUGAGGCAUAUGCUGCAGCUCUCCGUGUGACCUUCUUUUCCGCAGCCAUCUGGGGAGCGAUCAUGUUCAUGAUGCACAUUCGUAUUCGCUUGCCUAGGUUAGGUAGCAAGGCCUCAUCCUAG